AUGUCUGGAGAAUUUACCGGAGGUCUGUACGAGGACUCGGCGGGAACAGGGAUUAACUUCAGCUUCGUGUUCAACUCGACCAACUCCUCCACCUCCUCCGACAGCUUCCACCUGUCAGACGCAGGGAAAGCGGAGUUCGUGGGAGAUGGAGCCGCGGUGGUGCGGAUCAUCAUCUCAGUCAUCUACUCUCUGGUGUGCGCGCUGGGUCUGGUCGGGAACCUUCUGGUCCUGUACCUGAUGAAGUCCAAGCGCGUUUGGAAGAAAUCCUCCAUCAACCUCUUCGUGACCAGUCUGGCGGUGACGGACUUCCAGUUCGUGCUGACUCUGCCCUUCUGGGCGGUGGAGAACGCGCUGGACUUCACCUGGCUCUUCGGCAAAGCCAUGUGCAAGAUCGUGUCCUACGUGACGGCCAUGAACAUGUACGCCAGCGUGUUCUUCCUCACGGCCAUGAGCGUGGCCCGGUACUGGUCCCUGGCCUCGGCGCUGAAGGGCCGGCGGCGCAGGACGCACUGCUGCUCGGCCCGCGGCAUCACGCUCCUCAUCUGGGUCGCCGCGGUCUCCGCCGCGCUGCCGCAUGCGGUCUUCUCCACGACCGUCAGCGUGUCCAACGAGGACCUGUGUCUGGUCAAGUUCCCCGAAGCCAACGGGAGCGCACAGUUCUGGCUCGGGCUGUACCACUCCCAGAAGGUGCUGCUGGGCUUCGUGGUGCCCCUGGGCAUCAUCUGCGCCUGCUACCUGCUCCUGCUGCGCUUCAUCACCUCCAAGCACAGCAACUCCUCCAGCGCCAAGCGACGCGCCAAGGUCACCAAGUCCGUGACCAUCGUGGUGCUGUCCUUCUUCCUCUGCUGGCUGCCCAACCAGGCGCUCACAGCCUGGGGCAUCCUCAUCAAGCUCAACGUGGUCCACUUCAGCUACGAGUACUACACCACGCAGGUGUACGUGUUCCCCGUGUCCGUGUGCCUGGCGCACUCCAACAGCUGCCUGAACCCCAUCCUGUACUGCCUGAUGAGGCGGGAGUUCAGGAAAGCGCUGAGGAAACUCUUCUGGCAGGUGACCUCGCCGACCCUCACCACCAUCAGGCCGAUCACAGCCACGACCAAGCCGGAGACAGACGGACAGGGACGCGUCCUGGUCCCCCUGAGCGCGCCCGGGGAGGCCCCUGUUGUGUUUUAUCCUCCGGGAGCAGUGAUGUACAAUGACAGGAGAGAUCUGCCACGGAACAGCACUUAG